AUGUCAGAUUCUGAAGACAAAAAGCCGGCGGCAAAAAGCCACAACAACGCUGUGGAUGUAGCUGCAGAGGAAGAUUCUACUCAGGAAGAAGACAACUACGCUAGCGCACAACACCAGCUGCAACAACAACAGCAUCACGACCAGCAACAGCAAGUUCAACCAGCGCUCCAGCACCAGCAAGUGGCAGGAACAAACAACCCGCCUCACGCAGCACCCACUCGCCAAACUGGAUCCAUUGCAACUUGGUGCAAUAGUGAGGCAUAUGUUUCUCAGGAUGAAGACAACAUGGCAAGUAUUGAUCAAGAUAUGAUCAUGGACAUGCUUCGAACCACAUACACCAUUGGACAUGCUGAUGGUGAUGUACGUCACCAGUUGGCACAAGGGUAUGACAUCUCCCCACCCGAUCCUGGGUUCUUCCUGGUGCGCACCACUAACCACCAGCUGAUUAUUUAA